AAGCACCACGUGUUGACCUCACUUUUGCCAGUAUGAAGUUACUAAUAAUUGUUUCCAUCGGGCUAUUAGCGGCAGUUGACGGAGCAGCCCGGGGACGCCGGGCGCUCCAGGCCAUGGACGCAUUUUCUCUCCAGUCCUUCACACAGUUGUUUCGCCAAACGCUGCUGAACAAGAUCGCACUGGAGAUGAACAACACCGUGGACAUGUCACGUGACCUUAAGGUCAAGAUGGACGCCUGUAAGGUCCAGGUCACCGCCAAAACGGACCAAUGCAAGUCCGCCGCUCAGUCAGCCUGCCAAGCUGACCCAAGCUUCAUGGAUUACCUGAACGCUGGAGCAAACCUGGUCAACCCAUACACUUACCUUGAGGGGCCGUUCAACGAUAUGGCCUCUAAGGUUGGGGACGCCGUGGACCUUCUAGGCGACAAAGCAAAUGGUUUCCUAAACUCCGUGAAAGAUCUUGGAGGUUCCGCUGUUGGUGGAGUUUAUGAUGGCUUUUCGUCGGCAUUCAACGGUUUCAAGGACCAACUCAGCUCCCUCGGUGGUUCCAUCCUUGACGCUGGAAACAGCGUCAUCGACACCGCCAAUCUCAUUGGCGACGGCUUUACUGACCUCGGAAGCAGUAUCGGAAACGUCGGAACAGACAUCGGGCACACGAUUGGGGACAUCGGUGGCAGCAUUGGACACGCUAUUGGAGGCAUCUUCGGCCGACGUGAGCUUGACGCCCAGACCCGCCAGUGUAUGGAGAAAUGCGCCCCCUGUCGGCCACUCCUUCUUCCCACUCAGUCUGAUAUCAUCACUUCAGGUAAUUGA